AUGAAUGCCGCACCAUUCUAUUCUAUUAUAUUCGAUACGACUCAAGACAUAUCAAAAACUGAUCAAAUGUGUGAACUAUACCGUUACUGUAUGAUCGAAAAAGACGAAAAUGGGAUCCCAAAAGCACUCGUAAUUAAGGAGACAUUUUUAGGAUUUCAUGAAGUUAAGGAUCAAACUGCCUUAGGAUUGUCGAAGAAAAUUAUUAAAUCUAUUACUGAUAAAAAUAUUCCUUUAAAUAAGUGUCGAGGGCAGGGAUAUGAUGGUGCUAAUACAAUGAAAGGGACUUAUGGCGGAGUUCAAAAAUUAAUAAAAGAUGUCGAGCCAAAUGCCGUAUAUGUGCACUGUGCUGCUCAUAACUUGAAUCUAGUACUCAACGAUGCAGUGAGAGAGAUUAUUGAUAUCAUUAAAAGAUGGAACAUUUUAUCAAGUUUAAUAUCCAAUAGCGAAAGUGAAACAGCAGUAACACUCAAAACAUUGAACCCUACUAGAUGGGCAGGACGUUAUGAUGCCGUUUUUGCUUUAAAAGUUCGUUUUGUUGAAGUACAAAAAGCACUAGCAAAAACAAUCUUAUUCAGUUGUAAAUCAGAUGAAAGAAAUGAAGCUGUUUCACUUAAAAAGAAAAUCGAAAACUUUAAUUUUGUAAUGCUACUGGUUUUCCACUGUAAGAUCCUACAAAUCAUCGAUGCAACAUCAAAAGCACUUCAAUCUAAAGACGCCGAUCUUUCAAAUGCUUUAAAACGCUUGAAAAUUUGCAUGGAAGAGUUGGAAAAGUAUCGGCAUGACUUUGAAAAUCUGAAACUAGAAGCUAAUAGCAUAGCAGAAAAAUGGUCCAUCACUCCUGAGUUUUCCAAAACUCGUCAGAGGAAGGUAAAACGCCAUUUUGGCGAGCUUUGCGAAGAUGAGCGUCUUCAAGAUCCGGAAAGUUUGUUCAAAGUGAACAUAUUUUAUCGAGUUUUGGACAUCAUAAUUAACCAACUCAAAUCGCGUUUUUAUCCAAUGAGUGAACUUAUUUCAAAUUUCAGUAUUUUACAGCCUUCAACAUUAAAAGCAUUAAAUGAUACUGAAAUAAUGAAAAAAGCUUUAGAAUUUGUUAAGGUGUAUAAAAAGGAUAUAUCUGAAUCUUUUGCGAAAGAAAUUUUUAGUUUUCGAUCAACAUUCAGAGACGAAAUAGAAAAAUGUUCCUGUAUUAAAGACUUAGCCAAUUUAUUAUUAAUUAAAAACCAUUUUAUGUCCUGCAGCUUUCCCGAGAUGUGCACUGCAUUAUUAUUAUUUCUUACAAUACCUGUGACUACAGCUAGUGCUGAACGGUCAUUUUCAAAAUUAAAAUUAAUAAAAAACUAUUUGAGGAACUCUAUGGGACAACACAGAUUAUCUAACUUGGCUAUCUUGUCUAUUGAAAAUACUAUGGCUCGUUCAUUAAAUUUUGAUGAUGUUAUAGACACUUUUGCAGAACAGAAAGCACGAAGAAAAGAUUUUAAUUAA